AUGGUUAAUCCACUCGUUGCUUACUCUGAUGACGAAAGCUCGUCUGAUAGUGCAUUUUCUCAGAGGGAAGAGAACCCAGUUGUUGAUGCUGUGCCUAAUCUUGGGGAAGAAAGCCAACUCCCAACUAAACCAUCUACACCCAAAUCAGAUCCAUCUACAUCUCCAUCACCAAAAGCUCCAUCUCCACCACCACCAGUUAAAGAAGCAUCUCCACCUGUAGGUGCCGACUCUCCAUCACCACCCAUCAUAGAAUCUCCAUCACCACCCAUCAUAGAAUCUCCACCACCACCAGUCCAAGAAACCCCUUUAUCCCCAGUUCAAGAAACCCCAUUAUCACCAGUCCAAGAAACCCCAUUAUCACCAAACCCAGAAACUCCCACAACCACUGUCCCAAAUAACCCCCCUUCUUCCCCAUCUCACAAAACCACUACUCAAAAUCCACCACCAUCCCCAAUCACGGAUGAUAUUCUUUUGAGUACCCUUCACCCCAAAAAACCAAGGCGGCUAAGAAAGCACAUUGCAGUUAAACAGGUUCGUCAACACAGGCCAGUCACAAGGAGUGCGAAUGUGGUCAAAUCAACUGAUGAUGCAACCUCUGGUGUGAAGCGUUGGCGAUUGGCCCCUCAAUCAAAAUCAAAAUCUGCAAAAAGAAAUGCAGAUAAAUUUCUCAAAGUAAGAAAGAAAAAGUACUUCCAAACCAAAGCUGUGCUUAGGGGUAGAACAUUUCACCCUGAUAUACUUUCAAUGGAUAAAGUGAAGCAGGAAGUGGUAGAUUUCUAUACGAACUUGGUAAUCCUAGAAGGAGAUGUGGUGUCGUCUAGUGUAAAGGGGGUUGACAUUGUGUUUGAUGCAACCAAACUUGGGGAAAUCUUGCAUAUACCAUCUGUGGGGAUUAAUGAGUACAAUUGGGAAUUUUCAGCAUCUUCAACAUCAGAUGCAUCCAUUAGUUUGUGUCCUGAAUUCGUUAUUUUUUUGCCUGGAGCAACUCGCGGUGCAUCAACCGUGUUCCCUUUUGUUAAUAUUACUUGUAACAACGUCCAUUGA